CGCUCGUGCGUGAGAACGUCGGACUCGAUCACACCCUUGGUCUCCUUCAGUUUCGUCAAGUCACUUAAGUGCGGCUACCUUGGGCAGCUAUCUGGGCUCUUCUGCUGAGGGCGUCGUGUCACUUCCGGUUAUCAUGGUUUCGAGCCACUUCGUCGUGGACAACAUCUUCGAGGGUUCGCUUGUCGUCUGCAAUGUCUUCGCCUACGUCUGGCGUAUUGCGGUCGGGCGCAUGGCGCUGAUCAAGCUCUCCCCGAAGACCAUCGAGGGCUUAGAGGACUUAGUGGGUACGUUCUUCAGCACGGUCGUGUCCGGUGUGGCGUGGUUGACGUACUUAGUGCACUCCGAUUAUAUGAUCCGCACGGUGCAGGACUUCGGUGUGGGGGUUUAAAUGCCCUGGUGUGACCUCAACUCGGCGUUCGUGUGGAGAGAGUGAGUGAUACCGACUCCUGCGCGGGCUUUGACUGGCUCCCAAUGAAGUUACGAUUAUCCCGUACGCGCCAUAGCAGUCC